GGGGAUAUUAGUAGCAAUUAGCAUAGACAGAUCAGUCGAUGUAUCGCUGGAUUGAUGAGAAUCGGCUAACCCCACUGUGAGUGAGAAUCUGAAUCGGAUGAGAUGGGCGUUGGAGACGGUUGGACGAGAGAGACGGAUGGUCGGUUGCGAAGUAAGGAAUAAACGAAAAGCCAGAAUCAGAGAUGUUUUAUUUAACUCGGCUUUGAGGGAAAUUGCGGUUUUGAUAUGAACUUCGAUGUGGUUUCGAAUCAAUGGGGAAUGGCUGGAUAUUGACUUGACGGAUGUUAACUCGAGUGUCUAGCUGGACACAGAUCCUUCCAAAUCCCGCUGGACUGUAGCUGUAGAUAGUUUAUGAACCAAUUGGCUGUAUAUCUUGCUCAAGAUCGAUUCCGAAUCGUAUACAGCGUGAUAACCCACUUUCGACGAAAUAAGGGUUGGACGACAAAUCGGUUGCGAUUUAGUUAGUUUUAUGACGAGUAUAGCGUUGAUUUGUAAAGUUGUAGAUUCUCGGAAGAAAGCAGAAGGGGCUGAGUUGGGCAAUGCCUUGAAGCGGGCGGACCGAGAAGAAAAGUGGUGUCGAUCGACGGCAAGCUAUGUAUCAGGAAAGACAAGAAAAACAAACACGAUCGCUCUCAGCUCAGCUAAAGGAGCAAUCAAUCUUGUGAAUAAUGAAGCUGAGGUAGCUGUAGGUUGGGGUAAGAACGUAUGAGUGAAAAAGUAUGAGAAUCGAUUUUCAGACAGUUGGACAGGACGCAGACAAGGAGAGAAUAAGAAUCAAUGACGAGAGAGAGAGAGAGGAUGAAGGAUCCUAGGGAAAGAAAGAGAGGAAUGGCAUCAC